AUGGACAACACUACCAGGAGCCGGACGUUCCCAGACAACGAUGAGGCGAAUGCGACUCCACCGCCACCAGAGGAGGCGGCGCCGGUGUACUACGAGGGUUGCCCCGGCUGCGCCAUGGAACGCAAGGUAGAGAACAGCACGGGGAUCCCUUACAAGGAGUUCGUUUUCGUCGGAGUCACCAGCCUUGCCUCUGCUUUACCAAUAUCGUCGCUGUUCCCCUUCUUGUAUUUCAUGAUACAAGAUAUGCAUGUGGCGAAAAACGAACAAGACAUUGGAGUGUAUGCUGGUCUUCUUGGGGCAUCAUACAUGGCCGGUAGAUUUGCUGGGUCCCUGUUUUGGGGUGUGGUGGCAGAUCGAGUGGGCAGAAAACCUAUCAUUGCAUUUUCCCUCUUCACAGUGGUCAUCCUUAAUACUCUGUUUGGACUAAGUGUGAAUUACUGGAUGGCGCUUACCACAAGAUUACUUCUUGGUUCUCUAAAUGGCAUGCUUGCCCCAAUGAAGGCCUACUGUGUCGAAGUUUGUCGACCUGAACAUCAUGCGCUGGGAUUAUCAGUUUUAAGCAGUGCCUGGGGCAUAGGUCUUGUAAUCGGUCCAUCCAUUGGAGGCUACCUUGCACAGCCUGCAAAGCAAUACCCAAAACUAUUUUCCGAGAAUUCAAUUUUUGGGAGGUUUCCAUAUUUCUUGCCGUGCCUUUGUAUUUCAUUGGUUGCGCUCGCUGCUCUAAUAAGUUGCAUAUGGCUACCGGAGACACUGCAUAUGCAUAAAAACUUAGAAGUGGAAGUAGAAAUGGUUGGUGAUACAAGACUGGCACCUCGUAGAGAAGCUCCACAUCCAGAGAAGAGUCUAUAUAAGAAUCGGCCAUUGAUGUCUUCUAUAGCAGCAUAUUGUGUUUUCACCCUGCAUGAUACUGCAUACAGUGAGAUAUUUUCAUUGUGGACAGUAAGUGACAAAAAGUAUGGUGGGCUAGGAUUUUCAUCUAAAGACGUUGGCCAAGUUCUCGCGGUUUCAGGUGCCGGUCUUCUUGUGUAUCAACUAUUCAUUUUUCGACAUGUUCAUAAUUUAUUGGGAUCUGUCAAUUCAUUGCGUAUUGCAUCUGCUCUAUCCAUACCAAUUCUUGCUUGCUACCCGUUCAUGACAAACCUAUCAGGGACUAAACUUGGGCUAGCUAUAUAUUUUGCAGCCAUUGCAAAGGGUGCUCUUGCUAUGACUAUCUUAACGGGGAAUGCUAUUCUACAAAAUAAUGCAGUGUCACAAAAUCAAAGAGGUGCUGCAAAUGGAUUAUCCGCGACAGGACAGUCCCUCUUCAAGACUAUUGCUCCAGUAGGAGCAGGUGUUCUGUUCUCAUGGGCCCAAAAGCGCCAAAAUGCUACGUUCUUUCCAGGGGAUCAAAUCAUAUUUGUGAUACUGAAUUUAGUUGAACUACUUGGGCUUGUGUUGUCCUUCAAGCCAUUCCUAUCAUUACCAAAGAAAUAUGAUUUCAAGUAGCUCAUGGACCCGAGAAUAAUGGUGGAUGGGAAAAUA